UGACAUCGAGUCGUAAUUAGUUGGUAAACUGGUCGGAUUCGCGCGCGAGUACAGUAGGAUUUACAGACGAGAUCAGCGACGAUCGGUGUGUGGUGUGUAGCCUAGCUAGCCGCGGCAGCGAAUUGAUCUCGACAGUGACCGUGAUACUACGUCGCAGUGGAACACAAUGUCCGUGAUUAUGGAUUGUUAUCGUCAAUAGCGGGCGCUACGCGUUGAAGUUCUCCCUAUCUUUCUGUGUCCGCGCGCGAGCACUUUUCUCCCACGAAGGAGAAAGAGUUGACGUCUGUACGAUCCUCGUCGAUCGGUGGAGUGUCGCGAGACCGUCGUGAUAUCAUUCUGACACGAAGCUCGCGUCUGUUUUCGUAUAACGCGCGCGGCUUUUGCCGAAGACAGUAGUAGGAAAAUCCGAGCAGACAAGCGAGCGCCCCGUUGUUUCUAUUCUUCUUGUUCGCGUUCUUUCUCUCUCUAUCUUUAUCUCUCUUUACCUCUUUGUCCAUUGUGUCUCUCUCUCUCUCUCUCUUUCUCUCUUUCUCUCUCCCUUGUCUGUCCCUCCCUGCCUCCCCACCACUUUGAGCGUACAGCCCGUUCGUCUCGCUCCAUCACGGUUGACUGUACGGCGACGAACUUGGUCACUUGCGUGUCCUCAUAGCAGAGAGUGCAAGCGUGAACGUCGUUUUCCAUCGCUUACUCGUUGACUGGACUCGCUCUCCCCCAAAUCCUUAACUAGCGAUCUGUGAUGUGCAAGCACAGCGACGCCGGGAAGACUACAACGUCGACGAUCAACCUCGUGCACUCGAAGAGGAAAGGAAUUUUCAUACGCAUAAAAGAGAUGCCCAACGACUUGAUAAGUCUUCGAAGUCGAAGAAGCUAUCUAACGUUUCGCUUCUACUGAACGAACUUGGCCGUGCGACUGAGAAACCAGGUCAAGAUUUGCCUUGAACGGCUCGAUUAAUAACCAGGCCCCGAGGCCGCUGAAAAUGCCAGCGUCGUCGACGUGAACGGCGGUCAAGACCGUCCAGGGGUUACGACAUCGACGAACGACCGUUGGCUGGUUCACAGAGCUGCUAUCAAGUUUUCCGUAAUCAGGACGAUCGGUGAAUCUUAUCGUCACGAUGAAACUGCUGGAGAGCACCCGUUUUGAAGCUAUCAACAGUGCUUUGUCCAUCAAGACCGGUGACAGCAAGAUAAUUGGGAGGAUUGAAAGUUAUUCUUGCAAGAUGGCAGGCAACGACAAACAGAUGUAUAAGCGAUUCAAUUCUGAGCAAGGAGUGACACCACAUGACUUGCAAGCUUUAUCACCACCACAGACGUCCUUAGGCACGUCUCCGGCUCAGGGAUACUUGAGUCGCAGCGUCUCUGGUGACGAAGAUGGUCCGUUGUGCGACACCAUUAGCAGGAAGACGUUAUUUUAUUUGAUUGCCACAUUAAAUUCGGCCUUCCACCCGGAUUACGACUUCUCAGAUGCCAAAAGCCACGAGUUCAGUAAGGAGCCGAGCCUGCAGUGGGUGACCAACGCGGUCGAUGGCAAUCUCAGCGCCACCGCGGGCGAUCACUAUCGCACGCUUCGUUCCGCCUUAUGGGCGGCUGUGGACGACGAGAUAUCGUUGCACGAGUGUGAUAUUUACAGUUACAAUCCGGAUUUCGCAUCAGAUCCAUUCGGAGAGGAUGGCUGUCUGUGGUCCUUCAAUUACUUCUUCUACAACAAAAAGCUGAAGCGUAUCGUUUUUUUCACAUGCAGGGCGAUAAACCCUCUCUAUGUACUGGAUUCCGGCGUUGGUAGUGAUUUCGCCAUGGACGAAGAUGAUGAGGAUCGAUACUAAGCUAUACAUAUACACAUAACACACGCAAGCACGCACAUUGCAAUACUUGCAAAUUUAUGUCCCAAUUUCCUCUACUCCUGCGAUCGCAAUUAAAUAUCUGUUUAUUCUUGGCUGUUAUGUAACUUUGAAUCUUGGUACAUGACCUUGUUAUUUCUCAUCUAAUAUACAUAUAGUCAAAUUGGUCUGAUAUUACUUUAGAAUUUGUUUUGUGUCAAAUUACUAAUAGUCACUUACUGUGAGAGUUUUUUGAGAGGAUACAAAUCUGUAGAUACUUAAGCGCUGUCGAAUCUUCAAUAUCUGUAACAAGAUGUAACAAAAUAUCGUAUAAGAUAAACAUUCAUUUGUGUUAAAAGAAUUUUUGUAUAUAUGCAGUUACAAUUGCAUAUGUACACAUACAUAUAUACAAGUACAUUGUAUACCACAUUUACGAGAAUCUUAUAAAUUACUUAGAAUAAACCAUAAAGAUUUUUCUGUCCUUUUGUGAAGUAAUUGAUUAUGUUAUCAUAACCUAAUGUUUAAGAAUGUAUUUUGAAGGCGAAUUGUACGUAAUAAAAUUCAAUGCUACUAAA